GAGCUCGUCGGGUGGAGGCCGCGGAGCCGCCGCGCUGGAGUUGGAGCUGGAGUUCCGUGGGGCCGGAGGGCAGCAGCGGCUCCUCCCGGCCGCCCCGGGGUCGGAGAACGAGUUCGAAGCCGCGGCGUCCCGGCGGGGAAGCCGAGGCCAGACCGCGCUGCGCUGGUUCACCACCGCGGUGCUGUGUGCCGCCUUCCUGGGGCUGGGACUGAGUGUUGCCAUACUGGGACCCACCUUUCCAGACUUGGCAAGGAACGUGAACCAAAACAUCAGCAGCCUGUCUCUGAUUUUUGUGGGCUGCGCCUCAGGGUACUUAUGUGGCUCUAUGAUGGGAGGAGUUCUUUUUGGCUCUAUAAAUUAUUUUUUACUUUUAGGGGUGUCACUCUCUGCUACCACAGCUGGUCUUUAUCUUAUGCCAUUCUGCAGGACGGCAGCCUUACUGAUUGUCAUGAUGUCUGUCUUCGGUGUUUCGAUGGGCAUUCUGGAUACAGGUGGAAACGUCCUCAUCCUGGAUCUUUGGGGGGACAAAGGAGCCCCCCACAUGCAGGCCUUGCACUUCAGUUUCGCCUUGGGCGCUGUCCUGGCGCCCCUGCUGGCUAAACUGGCCUGGGGUACAGCAGCAUCUGCUCACACCGAGUCCGAUUUUGACCCUCUAAUGUUGAACCGACCCUCUGAGGCCUCCACAGGCUCACUGUUUGCGCCACCCGAUGACAUGACUCUCCUGUGGACAUAUGCUUCCAUCGGCACCUAUGUUUUAGUCGUUUCUGUCUUUCUCUUUGGUCUGUUUUGUAAGAAACACUCAAAGCAAGAAAAAGCCACAGCAUCUGCUCAGGUAGCUCGAAGGGGUAAAUAUCACAGGGCCCUGCUCUGUCUCCUCUUCCUCUUCUUCUUUUACGUGGGAACUGAGGUGACCUAUGGCUCUUAUGUAUUCUCCUUCGAGACCACCCACGUUGGCAUGGAAGAAAGCGAGGCAGCUGGCUUGAACUCCAUCUUCUGGGGCACCUUUGCAGCCUGCAGGGGCCUGGCCAUCUUCUUUGCAACAGUCUUACAGCCUGGAACCAUGAUCGUGCUGAGCAACAUUGGCAUGAGCCUGGCCUCAUCUUUCUUUCUGGUGCUUUUUGACAAGAACCGUCUUUGUCUCUGGAUUGCGACAUCUGUGUAUGGAGCCUCAAUGGCAGCCACGUUUCCCAGCGGCAUUUCCUGGGUUGAGCAGUACACCACCUUAACCAGGAAAUCUACAGCAUUCUUUGUCAUUGGUGCUGCCCUGGGAGAAAUGGCGAUUCCUGCAGCGAUCGGGAUUCUUCAGGGACACUACCCAGGUCUGCCGGUAGUCCUGUACAUGGGUCUGGGGUCAGCCAUCUGCACUGCUGUUUUGUUUCCUGUGAUGUAUAAAUUAGCCACCUUACCCCUGAAGCGCCAGCGCAAAGGAAGAAGAAAGAGCAAGGACCAGAAAGCUUUGCUUUCCAGCGCUGAGCUAAAUGACUAUGAAGAAGAAAAUGAGGAGGAAGAUGCUGAAAAAUGGAACAAAAUGGAUUUUGAGGUGGUUGGGAUGAGUGAUCCAGUGCAGGAGUCUGUGAGCGAGACACCUAGAGGUGUGGCGGGAUCCACCACCGAGGUCUCCCAUCAGUUCCUCUCAGAUCCUCUGGGUUUUGAGUCCUCCUCAGCUGGUAGCAGCAAGUCCCUUGUAAAUCACCAGAACAAAAGGGACUGACACCCAGAGAGGACUGAAUGGCUUUAUUGAGUAACCACCACUCCUGACACCGUUCAGAGCAGAGCUUUGGCAGUUGAAACUUGCGUUGUAACAUCUUCUGACAGCACACAAGCAAACAAUCUCAAAAGUCUCUUAUUUCUAAGCCUUUUCUAUUUUCUAUGUAAAAAAAAAAAUCUCUUAUAUUUAUGUUUUCUUUGCUCUCUGCUCUCAAAAAAGCCUCUUAAGACCAUUGUUUAAAUUCUCUUUAUUUUAGGAUUUGUAAGUUUAUUGGGUAUGGUUAAAAUAUGUAAAGUCUGUAACAAAACGUCAGCUUAAAAUUUUUUAAAAAAGGUGAUAGUUUAAAAAUCUACACAUAGGUAAUACUGUAUACCCAUACUUGUAUAUAACUUGGAUUCAACUCUUGUUUAGAAAACUAGAUCUGAUAUAGGAUACUGUAUAUGUAACUCAGAUUCAACUAUUGUUUAGAAAAACAGAUGGUUUUUUGUUUGUUUGUUUUUAGGAAGAACAAAACAAGGGUUGUGUGCCUGAUGGGCUCACCUUGGAGUAAUUAGCAACCAUGUAGCUGACAGCCAUCUUUACUAAGGUUAAAGAAAACAUCCUUGGGUGGACACUGCCAUGUAACUUCCCCAUCAUCUUGGUUAAGAAGACCACAUGCUAUAAACCAACCUAGCACCCAUAAACCUAUUAGUUCCACUGAGCCUUGCUUCUCACUGUAUCUCCUUUUAGAUUAAGGAGAAAAAGCAGAUCUCUAAGAUAUCUUAGAUUAGGAUGGAUUUUUGUCUUGAGAGAAAGAAAAUUAGAUAAAAUCAAUGUGCUUGAUUGAAGGCUUAGAUUUUUCACCUAACCUACUUCAUUUAGGGCUCUUAAACACUUCUACCUCCCUCUACCUGCUGACCAGAGGUAGGGGAGAAAGAAGGUUAUUAGGUAAAGGGGGUCAUAGGCCUUUAUAGAAGUAGUUCCUUGGGGUGAGUCUACUCUUCAUUGUCCAGAUACCAGCAGUCCAGUCCAAAGGCCAACACCAAGCAGCAACAGGAAUCAGCAUGAUUCAAAAGAUCAGGACAAGUCAGCAAAG